CAGCAAUCCAGUCUUCCAGUCCUAUGGGCUUUGUCUUGGGCAACGGCCUCAGCUGGGGAGUGGCCUAUGGGCUCAUCGUUGCCAUGGUGACCCACAUCGGGUGAUCGUUGCCAUCGGCUCAUGAGGAUCGGAAGGUGGAGAUCGACAUGCGUGUCCUCGCUGGGUAUCUGGUGGCUAACGUCUCAGGUGGUCAACUUCCUCAAUGAGGGUGCCAUCCACCACAUGCGCAACCACGAGCGCGGCGGUGCACGCAGCCUUCCACGCAGCGUGGGCUGCUGGGCAACGAGCUUUGGCAAACAGGAGUAUUGGGAGAGCUUCUAUUCCGGCGACACUGAGGAUGCGAAAGACUUCGAAUGGUUUUGUAGUUACGAGGACAUCGAACCCUUCUUCAGGGACUUCGCGCGGCCCGCGCUGGAGAAGCCUUCUCCAGCCGCUUUGAGGCCACAGCUUAUGAUUGCAGGCUGCGGGAAUUCCCGUUUGGCCAACGAGAUCUACGACGACCUUUCGAGUGAUGGCAUCGAGGUGGACAUUUGGAAUGUGGACUACGCUGAGGCCGCCAUUGCCCGCGCACGCGCUGUGGCCGGAGAGCGCCCCCUAAAGCACGUAGUUGCGGACCUGCGAGAUUUGCCAGAAGAGACCUUUCCGGAGAACAGCUUUGAUGUGAUCGUGGACAAGGGCACCAUGGACGCGCUCUUUUGCGCAGGCGGCCCCUCUGCCCAGCGCUGCGCCGAGCAAUUGCACAAAGUCUUACGACCCUCUGGCGUAAUGCUGGUGCUCUCAGGGGUCGCAUCCAGCCAGGAAUUGCUGCAAAGCUUCAGGGAUUGGACGACGAUCCUGGAUGGCUCGCCCUACAUCACUGAGGAGGGCGAGGCCAGCAUCAACCUCCGUUCUCGACUCUUCGUCUUUCCCAAAUGAGCCCUUCUCAGCAAGAAGAGCGUCGCUGGAACACAUGAGGAAUGAUCGCACCACGUGGAGGGAGGCGCACGCGCCCGGGGGGGGGAAGAAGUGAGAUGGCGCAAACGCGCGCCCAGCUCGGCGAAGAACAUCGGCCUUUUGCUCGGUUUUCGUGUAAAGGAAAACGCCCUUUGUUUCCGGCAGAGUGGGCCAAAGCCAAGCAUUCCCUUCUUCGAUGAUGCUUGGGGUGUACAACCCCCACGUGCUGCAAGGGGAUCACGAGAUGUACGAGCGAGCUCAGCCCACCUUCGAUGGCGGUGCCAAGAAAAUGGGAGAGCGGCGUGUGAGCAAGUGUGGCAAAAAGGGCCCUUGGCAUCCUCUCUUUGUAAUUAAUCCGGUCCACCUAUUUAAAAGCACGGCCCCCCCCCCCUUAAUAAGGAAACCUCGGUCGC